CUUAUUUACAGUGGGUUUUGAACGCACCUUUGUCAUGCGCAGACUUCUGCCGGACGUGACGUCACUGUACGGUUUACCAGGUCCUCUCGUUAUCCGUGUGGUGGUAGCUUUAGCCAUCAAAGAUGACUACAGCUGCGAGGCCGACUUUUGAGCCAGCAAGAGGAGGGAGGGGUAAAGGAGAGGGGGAUUUAAGUGCCCUGUCCAAGCAGUAUUCCAGCCGAGAUCUUCCAGGUCACACUAAGAUCAAGUACAGACAACCAACCCAGGAUGCCCCUGAGGAGGUGCGCGCUCGUGACUUCCGCAGGGAGCUCGAGGAGAGAGAGCGUGUUGCUGUACGUGACAAGACCAGAGAAAGGGGACCAAGAGAGCACACCACAUCAUCGUCAUCUUCAUCAUCAUCUUCAAAGAGGCCCAGACUGGAUCAGAUCCCAGCAGCCAACCUUGAUGCUGACGACCCUCUAACUGAUGACGAUGAGGACGAGGACUCUGAGGAGGACAGUGACGAUGAUGACACUGCAGCCCUCCUGGCAGAGCUGGAGAAGAUCAAGAAGGAGCGGGCUGAAGAGCAAGAGCGCAAAGAGCGGGAGCAGAAGGCAGAGGAGGAGAGGAUUCGCAUGGAGAAUAUCUUGAGUGGCAAUCCGUUGAUUAAUUUGGCGGGGCAGCAGCAGCAGCAGCAACAGCAGCAGCAGAUAAGCCAAACUCAGAAUACAUUCAGGGUCAAGAGAAGGUGGGAUGAUGAUGUUGUGUUCAAGAAUUGCGCCAAAGGAGUGGAUGAUGCACGGAAGGAGAAACGCUUUGUGAAUGACACACUGCGCUCUGAGUUUCACAAGAAAUUUAUGGAGAAAUAUGUCAAAUAAAGAACUUUCUGUGUCUUGGUCUUAUUUCUUUAAUUUGUUUCCUUCCUGUUGUCCUCUUUUCCAACAAAAGUAGAUGGCAUUCAAAUACAUUCUGAAUUCAAAUGCAUUGGUGUUUGACCAGAAGAAGACGUUGUAUAUAAAUGAGCUGAUGGCUUACAUACUUUCAGUAAAGCUUAUUCAAACUCCAA